CAAGCUCAAACGAUAAAAAAUAAAUAUAAACCAAAAACAUUAAAAUUCUUUCAAAAAUUAUAAAAAAAAAGUCAAGAUAAAAUGCAACACCAAGAUCUCAUUGUCACCAUUAGACCUGCUCACAACCCCAACCACUACUUGUUCCCCUCUAACGAUGGUGCUAGAGGAUACGGUGCUGAUUUCGAUGUCAGAACUCACCCUCACUAAGAAUAAAGAAACUAAUUGAUCCUCACCCACGUUAAGGACAACGUCUUCACUAUUAGAUCUGCUACUAACCCUACUCACUUCGUUUUUGCUUCUAACGACGGUGUUAGAGGAUUCGGAGGUGACUUCGAUGUUAGAACUCAUGCUUCCAACGAAGAAAGAAACUAAUGGAUCAUUGAACACCACGGUUAAGGUUACCACAUUAGAGUUUACACUCAUCCUAAUCACUACUUAUUCGCUGCCAACGAUGGCUCUAAUGGUUUCGGUGGUGACUUCGAUGUUAGAACUCAUCCUCACUAAGAAGCUAGAAACCUCUGGUUGAUUGACGGUCUUGUCUUCGCUCCUGCUACCCAAAACUGCACUAUUAGAGUUAAGACCAAUCCUAACCACUACUUAUUUGCUUCUAACGACGGUGUUAGAGGAUUAGGUGGUGAUUUCGAUGUCAGAACUCAUGCUAGUCAAGAACAAAGAAACUAAGUUUUACUUACCCGUGUUAGCCGUAACGUUUACACCAUUGCUUGUGCCGCUAACCCCAACCACUUCUUCUUCCCCUCUGAUGAUGGUACCAGAGCUUACGGUGGUGACUUCGAUGUCAGAACUCAUCCUCACCAUGAAGAAAGAAACAAGUGGAUCAUCGAAUCUGAUAACCAAGGUGGUUUCCUCAUUAGAUCUUUCGUAAAUCCCCAACACUAUUUAUUUGCUGCUAAUGACGGCUCUAAUGGUUACGGUGAUGAUUUUGAUGUAAGAACUCAUCCCCAUUAAGAAGCCAGAAAUUCUUGGAUUAUUGAUGGUUUCCUAUUACAUAGCUAUUGA